AUGUCCGCCGGGGAUAUCAAAGAAGCUACUGGGCCAGGAGAGCUCAAGAAACCGAAAUUCGUUAGCUAUUUAUGGGACACAUUUGACAAGCCUCCAACAGAACGGCGACUACUUACCAAGCUUGAUACUGCACUCAUUUCAUUUGGUGCAGUUGGGUACUUUGUCAAAAGCGUCGACGACUAUAACAUCAACAAUGCCUUCGUUUCUGGGAUGCAAGAGGACUUGAGACUAUUUCAUAACCAGCUGAAUUACAUGCAAACGGCUUGGGCUUUGGGGUAUAUGUUGGGACAAAUCCCGAGCAAUAUUAUUCUUAGUCGAACACGGCCACGAUAUUGGAUACCGAGUCUUGAGGUCUGCUGGGCUGUUCUUACCCUCUCGUCAUCAAGAUGCAACCAAGCAUAUCAAUUCUAUAUAAUCCGUUUACUCAUCGGUCUCUGUGAAAGUGGUUAUUACCCUGGUAUUCAACACUCCCUCGGAUCAUGGUAUCGAAGAGACGAACUUGGGAAAAGAGCUUGUAUAUUUCAGAUUUGCAGUGCCUUGGGUCAGAUGGCUUCAGGAUACAUAAUGAGUGGCGUCUAUCGACUAGGGGGUGUUGGGGGAUUCAAAGGGUGGCAAUGGGCUUUUAUUAUCAAUGGUUCUAUUUCUUUGCCUGUUGCUGUUGCAGGUUACUUUAUACUUCCGGAUGUGCCCGAGAUCACGAAGUCGUGGUAUCUCAGUGAAGAGGAAAUCAAACUCGCACAACUGCGAAUGCAUAUGGAGGGACGAAAACCUCGCGCCAAGUAUACGAAGGAGAAAUUGAAGAGAAUCUUUACUUCAUGGCACAUAUACCUCAUGUCUCUUCUGUAUUUAGCUUUCAACAACGGUAUUGCGAACAUGCAACCGAUUUUUCAGCAGUACCUGCGCCAUUCGGAAAAUCCUCAUUACUCAAUUCCACAAAUCAAUAAUUAUCCGACAACUACGUCUGGAGUUCAAAUCCUGAUGACUAUAAUAUAUGCUUGGCUAUCUGAUACCGUCCUACGAGGCAGACGUUGGCCACCUCUUGUAUUUGGCGGAGUUGUAAAUAUCAUAUGCUAUGUUUCAUUAGCUAUUUGGGAUAUUCCUACCUGGUGGAAGUGGACAUCUCUCAUCUCGGCAGGGGCGUCCUUUGGUUUGAGUGGAUUGUGCAUGGCCUGGGCCAACGAAGUCUGCGGAAACGAUAGCGAGGAACGCGCCAUCACCCUCGCAGCUAUGAACGAAGUUGCAUAUAUCAUUCAGAUAUGGCUACCUCUCCUAGUCUGGCAGCAGGUCGACGCACCAAGAUACUGCAAGGGCUACAUCACCGUAUCUGUGAUGUCUGCUAUAUUCAUUAUGAUGUGCUUCUUGGUUCGUAACUUGCAAAACAAGGAAUCCUUCGCUGCUCGGAUAUCUCAGAGACAUGCCACGGAGAGCUGUAUUCAACUACAGCAGCAGCAAACAAUGAACGGAGAGAAAGACGCGUCUAGUAGCAGUAUACAGUUGACUCGACUUAAGAGCGUCGAUGACACAUCCGGACACUAUGAAAGUGGAGCAAUUCCUCCUUCGUCUUCGUCGAAUAUCGUCUCACCUUGUUACGAAGAAGACAAGGCGCGUGCUUCGAAGGGAUCGGGUUUGAGAUCGCAUACUAAGCCGGGUGAUAUCAAAGAGAUGGAAGUUCAGCCAUCAAGAUUGCUUUGAAUAAAUUCCUCAUUUUAAGCAAAUACAUACGACAGAGGGCCGUUUCUUUUGUUCAAUGCUAUACAUUUUCCUUCCUCUGUUGGAGAUCGCUAUUAUGUUUAUUUCAUGUCGAUUCAGUUGAAUGUUCCUUAUCCACAUAAAUGAUGUGUGCUGCUAACUCGCUUUGAUAUUAUCACAUUACUUUACCUGUACAGUAUAUUUUUCCUGUCCAGACAUAACUUUCCUAGUUAUAGAUCAACUAUAUACCAUGAAACCC